AUGGCUGAUUAUAAAAACUUAACUGUUGCUCAACUAAGAGAUACAUUGAGAGAUAGAAAUUUAUCUACACAAGGUUUGAAAAAUGAAUUGAUCGAAAGAUUAGAAAAGGAUGACUCUACUACAACAAACACUAACCCUGCUUCCACUACCACCGGCAGUGGUAGUGCUGGUUUGAAGAAUCUUCUAAAUGACGAAAAUGUAAACUCUAAUACUGUUCCCCAACCAAAUGAACAAGCUACUACUGAAGAAGUCGCUGAUUCAGCCACUUCUGAUGUUGCUACCACUGCUGAAACUGGAGUUUCUGCUGCUGUGGUAUUGGAAGAAAAUGCUAAUAACGAUACUGAAUCUAAAGAAGCAGAAACUGAAGAAGUUGAAAGUAAAGUAGAAGAAAAGAAGGUUCUAACCCAAGAAGAAAUAAAGGCAAUGGCAUUAGAUCUAUUAAAUAAGAAAUUACACCGUGCUAAAAAAUUUGGACAGGAACAAUCAGAAAUUGAUUCAUUGGAAAAAUUAAUUGUACGUGUUGAAAAAUUUGGUCUUGAUAUGAAAACUCAAUUAGCUAAGGAAUUGGGAUUAGUUAAAGAACCACCAAAACCAAGACAAACUAUAGAUAAGAGACAAAAUAAUAGUAAUAGAUCAAAUAAUCAAAGGGUUGAUAAGAAUUACCGUAACAACAGAAACAACAACAAUAAUAAUGACAAUAGAAACCGUGGGUUUUCAAAUUCAAGAGGUUAUCAACGUAAUAACGGUGGUAGAAGAAGAAAUGGGCCCCAAUAUAACUAUUAA